GUACCAUGAGGAUCGUGAUGCUAUCUUUCUUCACUAUAUCGUUAUUUGGUGCCGUUGCAGCUGAUGUGCUCAUCACUUACCCUGCCGGGGGAGAAACCCUGUCGGGUGUCAACGAUAACACUAUCACCUGGAUAGAAUCAAAUAUCGUCCCUACGAUCUCAAAUCUAGACUCCUACACCAUAGUUCUCUAUAUGGGAGACAAUGAUAACUACACCGAAAUGGCCAGCACAACCCCAAGCACCUUCACGUCUCCCACACCCCUCUCAAACGUCAUCUCCUGGGAUCGAUUCAACGUUCCCAAUUCAAAGGACAACGCAUACCUCAACCCUCAAAUCCAACACCAGCGUCCAGAUCGUCAAUUAUUCAAACCGCUUUUCUAUGGAGGCCAUUAAUUUCACCGUCCCCUUCGACUCACCUAGAAAAGGCCAAGGCCUCAAUCCACCAACAGCAAGAGAAUUCAGCUGCUCUUCCAAAUCCUGCCCCUCCGCCGUCGCUCUCGUGGGGCUCAAUGCGGCGACACCAACCACUCUUGCUGUAACAUCAAUUCCGGCGACGAGGCCCAAAUUAGGUCAAUCGGGAUCUCAACCUGAAGAUGGCGAUUUUUCGUUCAACGUUGUGGCUGUAACGCUUGGUGUUGCCGGUUUGAUAUUCACGAUUUUCUGUAUCACUGUCUUUGUUAUAUCUCGCCGAAGAGGGGGUGGUUCUGGAAUGAACGGUGGGACGCCGAGGAAAGGGAUUUCGGUGAAGUGGUGGAACAAACUUCCCAGGCCAGACUUCGGAACUUCAGAAUUGUCCGCUGGACCAGGGCAGUAUGAAACCGCGGAACUACCUGGAGAAGACGGAGUUCCUAUCUUCGAGUUGCCAGCCGAGAGUAUAAGGAGAGGUCUAGAAGGGGGCAGGAAGCGGAGUCAAAUGUCAAAAUUCAGUGGGAGUUCAAGCGAAGUCACCGACGCGGAUAUCGGACUGGGAAUCCAAGAAUCGCCACCUCAUCCUCUGAAUACGGCUCAUCUCCAAACUGCCGAAUCAGAGAUGCGCGAAGCACGAGAAACAACAAAUUUACUCCCAGCAACCUCGCCAUCUCACUCAAGAUCAAAUUCUGGAGCAUCGAAUCCUCACCGGGAAACGCCAUCUCAACUACCAUCAAGAUCUCUCUCAGAAAGACCAAAUACUCCGGUCUCAGCACCGCCGAAGAGUAAAGCGGAGCUGAGAGGUUUAGUAGGGGUUUUUGCACCGCGUCCAGUGAGCGAGUUAGAAUUGAAGUAUUUAACUGGUGUCCUUACUCCUUUGCCUACACCGAAGCCGAGGGAGAAGAAGUAUACAUAUAUCUACAAGUAGCAUUUGGUCGUCAAUCAAUGGAAUCUCCAAAUUUGG